GGGGGGGAUUUCCUCUCCUCCUUCCCCCCCACCCGCUCAACACUUUCCCUCCCCUCCCGGCACAUCCUCCUCUCACCCCGCCCCCGCCAUCCCAAAUCCCUCCCCCAAUACAUUGCUCCUCCUCCUCCUCAAAUCCAGCUUCUGCUCCAGGAAUGUGUGUGGGGGGGUGAGCCCCCUCCCACCCUGCCUGCUUUUCCCGGAAGUGGAGCUUCCACUCCGAAUUGCUGCUCUGCCCCGUAGCUCGGGGGGGGGCGCUUUCGGAAAGAGGAGGGAGGAGGCAGGGGACCCCUCCCCCGUGGAUGUUGCAGGAAAGGAGAAUCGGGAGCGAGGACAAAGAGGCAAUGUCAGAGUGACUGACAAGCUGAGAUACAAUCCUUCAGCAUCUGAUGACAGCCAUUGGACAAAUCUUCCCAGUCAAAGGACCCAUUUUCAUGAUAGACAGUGCUUGGGGCUGGAGGCUCUGCACACCGGGUGUGCCUGUACAGGCCAAAGACUGCCAGUAUUAGCACAGGUGAGGGCCUGCCUUCACCUCAACAGAAUUCCCUAAUACACCAAGGAUUUGAGACCCAUCAGCUAUCCUCACCUGGUUAAGCCAGCCAGUUGAAGCCGUUCCUGGGAUUGUGGCCCCUAUUCCAUCCUGAUAGCUUCUGGAAGAAACAGGAUUCCCUUUCCUCCCACUCUGAAGAAGGAGAUGGAGAAGGCAGUCAGAACUCCAGGGGGUGGGUCACCUCCCCCCCCCAUUAGGAAUAGAAAUUAAAAUGUGUGAAAUGCGGACUAUGUUCAUUGAAUGAGCACACAUAGUUCACAUCAAUGACCUCCAACAGGGGAGAAACCAUUUAAAGGUAUGGAGUGUGGGAAACGUUUCACUGAUAUUGGAAAACUUAGAACACAUCAACGGACUCACACAGGGGAGAAACCAUUUAAAUGUAUAGAGUGCGGAAAGGGCUUUAGUGAUAAUGGAAACCUUAGAAGACAUCAACGGACUCACACAGGAGAGAAACCAUUUAAAUGUAUAGAGUGCGGAAAGGGCUUCAGUCAGAAUGGAAGCCUUAGAACACAUCAACGGACUCACACAGGGGAGAAACCAUUUAAAUGCCUGGAGUGCGGAAAGAGCUUCAGUCAGAAUGGAGACCUUAAAUUACACCAGCGGAUUCACACAGGGGAGAAACCAUAUAAAUGUAUAGAGUGCGGAAUGAGCUUUAGUGAUAAUGGACACCUUAGAAGACAUCAACGGACUCACACAGGGGAGAAACCAUAUAAAUGUAUAGAGUGCGGAAAGGGAUUUAGUGAUAAUGGACACCUUAGAAGACAUCAACGGACUCACACAGGAGAGAAACAAUUUAAAUGUAUAGAGUGCGGAAAGGGCUUUAGUGAUAAUGGAAGCCUUAGAAGACAUCAACGGACUCACACAGGAGAGAAACAAUUUAAAUGCCUGGAGUGCGGAACGUGCUUCAGUCAGAAUGGAGACCUUAAAUUACACCAGCGGACUCACACAGGGGAGAAACCAUAUAAAUGCAUGGAGUGCGGAAUGAGCUUUAGUCAUAAUGGAAGCCUUAGAAGACAUCAACGGACUCACACAGGAGAGAAACCAUUUAAAUGUAUAGAGUGUGGAAAGUGCUUCAGUCAGAGUGGACCCCUCAAUAUACAUCUACAGACUCACACAGGAGAAAAACCAUAUAAAUGCAUAGAGUGCGGAAAGAGCUUUAGUGAUAAUGGAAGCCUUAGAAGACAUCAACGGACUCACACAGGAGAGAAACAAUUUAAAUGCCUGGAGUGCGGAAAGUGCUUCAGUCAGAAUGCAGACCUUAAAUUACACCAGCGGACUCACACAGGGGAGAAACCAUAUAAAUGUAUGGAGUGCGGAAAGGGCUUUAGUCAUAAUGGAAGCCUUAGAAGACAUCAACCGACUCACACAGGAGAGAAACCAUUUAAAUGUAUAGAGUGUGGAAAGUGCUUCAGUCAGAGUGGACACCUCAAUAUACAUCUACAGACUCACACAGGAGAAAAACCAUAUAAAUGCAUAGAGUGCGGAAAGAGCUUUAGUGAUAAUGGAAGCCUUAGAAGACAUCAACGGACUCACACAGGAGAGAAACCAUAUAAAUGUAUGGAGUGCGGAAAGAGCUUCAGUCGGAGUGGACACCUUAGAAAACAUUGGCAGACACAUGACGGAGAAACUGUUUAAAUGUAUGGCGUGUGGUAGGAGCUUCAGUCAGAGUGGAACCCUUGAUUUAUGUCAACAAACUCACACAAAAGACAAACAUUAUAAAUAUCAGGAACGUAGAUAGAGGUUCAGUCCUAGUGGAAGUUCUAAAUCAACAGACUCACGGACAGGAAGAACUUUAGGAGUUGAAACCCUACAAACCAUCAACAAACUCAAAGAGGAGAAGCAAUUUAAAUGAAAAGAUUGCAAAAAGUGCUUUAUUUACAACGGAGUGUUUAAGGAACAUCCAGGGACUCUCACAUGGAAGAACCCAUUUUGAUGUCUGGAGUGCAGGAUGUCUUCCUCUCAGAGUCCACUCUUUUCUUCACAGAAAUGAACUCAGGAGGAAAUCAGUCUUUAACACAUGUUGUGUAUGUGAAGUUCUGGAAUUUAUGUGUAAAACUGUAUAGUAAUGAAAUAUUGAAGGCAAUGUCAAACAAUGUGAUUAUGAUCUAAGAUAUAAAGUACCUUUCGAUAGAGAAGGGGUGAGGGUUUAUCUGGAUUUCUGGUGGUCAGUGAGGAUUAGGGCUGGGCGAUAUAUUUUUCCAUAUUGGUUUCUAGACCACAUCAUGAUAACCUUUCAAAAACAAUUGAUAUGGCAACACACCACAGAUCACAGUGUCUGGGAUGCUCAUUUGCCUGGAAGCAGCCAGCAGAAAGCUUUGCUUCGUGAAGCCCCUGCAGAUGCCGAGUUCCUGACUUCCCUCCAAAACCACAGGAAGUGAAACACACCUCCAUUGCCCUGUGUCCUUCCAGCCUCUUUCCUCCCUUGCUCCCUUCUGCCGGUUUGUGUGCCUGACUUAGAUAUCCUGUGUAGUGUAUUUCUUUACAGCUGAAACUGGAUUUGCUCUCAGAAGCAAAGUUUUGUGUAUCACUGGGGCCCAGGGAGAACUGUAUGCUUUGAAAACUCAGUUAACUAUUACUGAAGAAGUC